AUGGCUAGAAAUUCGGAAAAAGCAAAUUUUAUGCUCAAUAGAUGGCUUUCAGUUAAAAACAAAAUCUCAAAGCCUUCUUUUGAGGGAAGAGGAAGAUAUUCUAAUACUCAAUUUACCAAUACAGUUAAAGAAUGCGAAUCAAUAAGGUUUGAGAUUAUGGAAGAAAUAUCGAACUUUUCUAAGAAGUUAAGGGAUUGUGUAAUAAAUGAUGAGAAUGAAAUUCGAAAUUUAAAUUCUGACAUUAAUUCACUGUUAAAGGAAAAGUAUAAAUGGGAGUGUAGGAUUGUAGAAUUAGGUGGACCAAAUUAUAGAAGUAGGCACAACCAAUAUAUAGAAUCAUUAGGGGGUAUUUCUCUACCCAAUUCUUCUUUAAAGAUUUUCGGAACCGCUAUUUCACUCCCAGAAUACAAAGAUUUACUCAAAUUUAAUAACAAAACGGAAAUUACUUCAGAACCCGCUUUUAAACUUCCGGGCGUUAUUUCAUGCAAUAAAUACUACGGAGAAAUGAGCAAAGAAGAAGAAGAUAGAAUCAAGACACUUGAAAGAGAAAGAGAAAUCGAAUUUAAGAAAAAAAAGCAAUAUAUUGAAAAAGAAAUUUCGGUUGAGUAUCUUUUAAAAUUGAUUAAUGAUAAGAAAAAGGAGAUUGGAGCAUCUAAUUAA